AAACAUGCAUCAGUUGUUUUACAGCACUUCACUACCAAUAACAGUUACAACAUGUCUGGACGUGGUAAAGGAGGCAAAGUUAAGGGAAAGUCAAAGACCCGUUCCAGCAGGGCUGGACUUCAAUUCCCCGUCGGUCGUAUUCACCGAAUGCUUCGUAAGGGCUCGUACGCUGAACGUGUAGGUGCCGGUGCUCCCGUGUACUUGGCUGCCGUUAUGGAGUACUUGGCCGCUGAAGUUUUGGAGUUGGCCGGUAACGCUGCCCGUGACAACAAGAAGACCCGUAUCAUUCCCCGUCACUUGCAGUUGGCUAUCCGUAACGACGAAGAGCUGAACAAGCUUCUGUCUGGUGUCACCAUCGCUCAGGGUGGUGUGUUGCCUAACAUCCAAGCUGUUCUUUUGCCCAAAAAGACUGACAAACCCGCUAAAGCUUAACUUCUCUUGUGUUUAUAUUCAAACGGCCCUUUUCAGGGCCACCAACUAUAAAAGAAAAUGUGUAUCCUAUCGUUUUCGUGUAUAUUUUUCAGUAUAAGUUAAAGUGUCUGGCUUCUAGUAGGUAACGCUUAAAGUUGUGCUCACGAUUUGGAGAAAGCUUGCGGAAUUUCUAAGUUAUUUUACAUUUUACUUUCACAAUGGCUAGUUUAAAACGGAUUUCAAUGGUUUAUUUUGCUAACGAGAAAGGUGUUGGCCAAAAAUAUGAUCUUUACAAUUUCCGUAUUACAUGGUUGGACUCAGCAUAAGAUCAUUCUCAGCUGUAUAUCUCCGGCUCUCCGCUAGCUUUCUUUUGAUACGGACCAAUUUUCUCCUAACAUUGCCAUGAGAUAGGUAGCGUGGCCGAGCGGUCUAAGGCGCUGGUUUAAGGCACCAGUCUCCUCGGAGGCGCGAGUUCGAAUCUCGCCGCUGCCAUAGUUUUUUAUGUUAUAUACUUGUAGCAUUACUGUCAAAAUACAUUGUAUCUGCCCAAUUUAAAACUAGUUU